AUGAGAGCUCCCUCCAUUGUAUCGACACUUCUGUCAGGAGUCCCGCCUUCCAUUAAAAUCAUUCCAGAUGUACCAUUGGCAACCACACAGCGUCCAGUCUUUGCGGAAGCGGAUACGUACGAUAUAGAGGCUUCUGCUCCCGAUAUGUCCAUCAUGAGCCCGUUCGGAUUAUCCCAUCUAGCGGAAGACUCUGUACCGUCUGUGGCUCAAGCAGCUGCUCAUCUACUGUUAAUGGAAGCUAUGUGGGUAUGGAAGCAUAAGGCAACUAGUGGAGAGACUGCCAUGAAACUGCUCUCCUUGCUCUCGGCGAACAGUGUGGACCUGCAGCCAGACAAUGAGAAAAUUCACAGUCAGUUACUGGCUGGGCUUAUGGAGGUUGCUGCUCCUCGAUUCUACUCGUGGUGGCACGCAGUAAACAAGAAAUUAUCAAGGACAAUGCCUGAGGAAGAUUACUUGGAGCUACCAGCCGAUCUAUUGCCUCCUAUGGAUGUUAUGCUGAUCUGGCAUACAUAUAUGCUACAGCCUUUUAUCUACGAGGAUGACUGUUCUCGGCUGGACGUACCUCACAUGCGCCGGGUUCUGUUCCCCUGGAAGGAAGUGGUUAAUGCAAUCGACAUCAGGACGACCGAAUACUGCAUCCCUUCUGCUGCCAGGGACUUCUUUGAAAAAACUUCCGGACAAUCAGCCGAUCUUCUUGAAGAGGUCUGUAACAAAGCGCAUCCGCUAGUGUACGAUAUGAACUGUCCAUACUGCCACACCACCAGAAAUUUACCAAUCAUACCCACCGCUCAAACCGAAGACAUAAAGCAAGGCUUCGAGCUAGGAUGCGACUGCGGCUACGCACCGUCCGUGGACGCACUCCGCAGCGAUCUUCUUCACCUCCGCCAAACCAGAGAGUCGCGACUAAGAGGAACAUAUUCGAACCCUGCUCUCGCUCAAGCAUUAUAUCCCCUAUCAAGAGCACUACCACUGCCUAUCCUAGAGUCCUGCACCAAGCGCGAACGCUUCCUCCAGGCUAUUUACACUGCAAGCUACGAAAGCAACACACCGAAAUGGGCUGUAGAAACCUUGCUAUCACUCUACACACCAACCUCCCCAGUGACGCAAGCAUCAUCAGCUCAUUACUCCUCAGUACUGCGCGCAACAUGCUUCAUGGACGAGAUGCACAAGAAAUGCUGGCUGCGUUCACCAGCCCUCUGCUGUCAGUCUACAAACACUCCAUCAAAACUAAUUGGUACCCUGCCACGAGCACAGCAGAAAUAUCAAAACUUUCUAAAAUCAGCUCGUCCGUCAAACAAUCUAUUUAUUACUCCAACAUCAGACGUGGAUUUAUUUUGGCACACGCACCAGCUGUCUCCGGAACCUUAUCGCCGGUUCUGUAUUCGACAUGUAAGGAAGUCUAUGGACUAUAGCGAUAAAGUGAUUCUUGAAAACCUAUGUGGUUCGUUUAAGGCUAGUCAGAAGGCUUAUUCGCAGCACUUCAAAGGGGAGUAUGAUGCCUGUCUUUGUUGGUCGUGCGAGAUAGAGCGGAAUGAUCAAGAGGUUGCUCUGUCUGAUGAUGAGGCAUCAUCAUCAGCAUCAAAAAAGACGCAGGAAUACCUUGAUUGGGCUCGCCGAGUAGUUGUUAUGUUCUGGCAGGAAGUUGAGGCCCGGCGCGAGAAGGGACUGCUGGGCCUCAAAAGGGAGAGCCUAGAGGAAGUUUUGGCGAAGGGACCUCGCAGACGGAGUUCAUUGGUGUCUCUUCCUUCGCUCAAAGAAUGGAGAUGA